UGCCAGCAGGUGACUUCCUCUUUGCUCAGUCGGAAGAAGCAUCUCAAGUUGGGAUGAGUAAUGAGGCAGCAACAGUUUAACACCUGGAGUAAUUACACAUUUUGGUGAUUUCAUUUGUCAUCUGGUAAAUACUUGGGUGCCUGUCCUCCAGUGAAAACUCAUCGAGUUGUUUGUGCCAGAGCUGCAAUAUGGGAACGCUAAUCCAGCAGGGAGUCGGUAUUUUGACAUGUUUGGCUCUGGCGCUGGUCUGCACAGUUACGGAGCGAGAGUACUUUGUCCAGCACAAAAAUCUCAACUGGGAUGAUGCCAGAAGUCGCUGUCAGGUGUGCUUCAAGGACCUGGUGACUCUGACUCCGGACAACAUCAAGAACAUCUCUCGGCAGCUCAAGUCUGAGCACUGGAUCGGCCUGCGAAAGAAUUUUGACUCCACCAGCAACUCCACCAGCAACUCCACCAGCACCACCAGCACCCCAACCAGUACCUUCCCCAUCAGCCCCACCAUCACCCCCACCAGUAACUCCAACAGCACCUCCACCACCAGCACCCCAACCAUCAGCCCCACCAGUAACUCCAACAGCACCUCCACCACCAACACCCCAACCAUCAGCCCCACCAGUAACUCCCUCAGCAGCACCUUCGCCAACAUCAUCCACAGCUUCUUCCUCGCCAGCUCCACCACCAGCCCCACAACCAGCCCCACAACCAGCCCCACCAUCAUCAACUCCACAAGCAGCCCCACCAUCAACUCCACCAGCAACUCCACCAGCAGCCCCACCAUCAACUCCACCACCAGCUCCACCACCAUCCCCACCACCAGCCCCCCCACCACCAGCCCACCCAGCAGCCCCCAUAGAGUGCUGCAGCUGCUCCUGCACAUGCCCUGCAAACCCAAUUCCAAGCACGACCAACGUUUAUGGGUCUGA